AUGGAAAUGCCCUUUUCAAGUCGAAUGGGAGCCUCCGGUGUAUUGCCUUUUUUGCGGCUAGCCUCUGCUGUGGACUUUGUGCCGUUUGAUAAAAGCUCUCUAGAUGAGAGCUCUUUUUUCGAGCAGUUCUUGGGCCUGGACUUGGCCGACUCCGGCUGGGUCCCUUCUUCUGCUCUGAAAAUCGAUGGUUCGCCGUAUCUCGGGAAGUGGGAGAUACAAGAAGCAUAUAAAUACGGUGGGUUUGCAGGCGACAGGGGUCUUGUCAUGACGACAGAGGCCAAUUUCUUUGCCAUCUCCCGGAAAUUGCCCCACCAGUUCACAUCUGACGGGCAAGAUUUGGUGCUCCAGUUCGAGGUCAAAUUCCAGGAAGGGAUCACUUGUGGGGGCGGGUACCUUAAACUCUUAUCAGAUUUGGAUCCACCGGCGUUUUCUGAUCAUUCAAGGUACGAGAUCAUGUUUGGCCCCGACAUUUGCGGCAGCCAAAACCGAGUGCAUUUCUUGACUAAGAAAGAUGAGUCCGAUGACAGCUUAGAAAGCAGAUUGAGAACUCCGCCCAUGGCGAGAACAGACCAGUUGUCGAACUUGUACACUUUGGUUGUGCACGCGGAUGGAGAUAUGGAAAUCAGGAUAAAUGGCGGGGUGGCCAAGGCAGGCAACUUGCUCAACUCGGCCAACUUGAUGGUGCCGCCGUUAUCUGAGCCUGAAUUGAUUCCAGAUCCAGAUGCAAAGAAGCCUGACGACUGGGACGACAGACCGGUGAUCUCGGACCCUUCUGUGGAAAAACCCGCAGAUUACGACGAGGUGUACAACUCGAUUUGGAUCCCCGAUCCGAACGUGCCCAAACCUGAAGGGUGGAAUGACGACGAGUCUGAGCCUUUUCAGAUUGCUGACCCGGAGGCCUCGAAACCCGACGAAUGGGAUGAUGAAGAAGACGGAGAAUGGAGAGCGCCGCUCAUCCGCAAUCCCAAAUGCCUCCAUGGAUGUGGGAAAUGGGAGCCUCCCAUGAUCGCGAACACAAAGUACAAGGGCAAGUGGAGUCCGCCCGCAAUUGAAAACCCGGACUAUAAAGGCGAGUGGAAGCCGCCACUCAUUGCCAAUCCUGAAUUCAGCAAGGCCGCCAAUAUUGGCCUCAGACCCAUCAAUGGCAUUGGCAUUGAUGUUUGGAGCAUGCAGUCGGGGGUUAUGUUCGACAACAUCUACUUGGGCAACUCUGUGGCAGAAGCUGAGCGCAUUGGGAACGAGACGUUCGAGCUUAAACACGACCUAGAGUAUGCCGCUUAUAAGAUAGCGAAACCACGGGCAAAACACGAGCCCAAGCCGCCGCCAAAGACUUUCGAAGACAUCAUGGACGAAGAGCCGGGCUUUUUGGCCUGGAUAAGAUCUCCAUUUUCGGCCGAGAUCAAGGAAGCCCUGGUACUCUGGGGCGCUUUUCAGGUGGAUCCUGUGACCACCAUGUUGCAGCACCCUAUCCGCUUCGCUGUGUACUGCUUUGUUUUUGUCGUUGCUUUCACCUUCACUUUUGGAGCAGUGAACGUUUUAGUUUUCUUGUAUCUCAAUUCGCGUGAGGACGCCAAGGAGCAUGACAAGAAACGCUUGGCUGCAACAAAGCAGGAAGAGGAGCAGUCAAAAGAUAUGGUUACUGAUGAAGAGAUCAUUGCGCAAAUUAGAGGCAAGGCCACGGGAUCCAAAACUGCAAGGACAACCACAAGGAAAGUCAGAUGA